AUGCAAGAAGGAGUUCAGUUUGCAGCAGCAACUAAUUUGAAAUCCAGAAACAAACAGGGGAAUGGUACAGCCGCUGAAUCUCCAUCGUUGUCUCCACAGAUAUCCGAUCACAGCAAUGAUGCUGGAAACAAGUCAAACAAUCAUUACAAGGAGAGAUUGUCCCCAUUUAGAUACAAAUUGAGAUCGCUCAUAUUGCCCUUGAUUCGUCAAGAAACAAUAUAUCUAGCCAAGAUGCAAUCAUUUUUGCGGUGUUCUGUUUUUGACUUUUAUUUUGCAUGGACAGCAAACCUUGCCAGCCACACAUUCUAUGUUUUGAUGUUGCCGCCACCAAUAUGGUUUGGAGGGAGUUAUUUGACCAGGGACUUGGUGUAUGUUUUGGGUCUAGGCAUUUAUUUAACUGGAUUUUUGAAAGACUUCUUUUGUUUACCAAGACCACGAUCGCCACCUUUGCAUCGUAUCACAAUGUCAUCGUACACUACACAAGAAUACGGGUUUCCCUCGUCUCACCUGGCCAAUGCAACAGGUGUUUCAUUAUUGUUGUUGAUAAAGAUUCUUUCACUUGAGAAUGUAUCUAACACUACGUACUACUCGCUAAUCGUUGGGUUAUCAUUAUAUUACAUUUCUUUGAUAUUUGGACGAUUAUACUGUGGAAUGCACGGAUUUUUGGACAUCAUUAUCGGUGGUUUAGUAGGUCUGUUUGUGUUUUUGUUUCGACACUAUUUUGGACUACAAUGGGACAAGUUGUUGUUUGACAAUGGUUUAGGACUUGUCGCCAGUACGGUAAUUAUAAUUGCAGUAUUUGUUCUGUUGAUCCAUUUUCAUUCAGAACCAGUUGACGACUGUCCCUGUUUUGACGAUUCAGUUGCAUUUGUUGGAGUUUUAAUUGGAUUGGAUUUAGCUCAUUUGGUGGCUUAUCAGACAAAGUAUUUUGCAAAGAUGAACUUGACCGGUAAUCCUUAUUUGAUUCCGUUUGAUGUAAAUCGUGGAGUAUUAAAUUCAGUUUCCAGAUUCUUAUUAGGGGUCGCCUUGGUUGUGACGUGGAAAACCUUAGCCAAGCCAAUUGUUUUUACCAUUUUACCUCCUAUCUACAAAGCUGUUGGUGUGUAUUUACCAAGAAGAAGCUAUAUUUCAACUGCUCAUACACAGACAUCAACUCGAAAAAUUAGAUCAACGUCAAUGUCCAAUGACUCAAAUAUGGGAAUUGGUGAUAUAAACAAUUUCAUAAAGGGAGUGACUGACCACAAUAAGAAGGACGAAGUUGGACCGGAAACAGAAAUUGAUUAUUACGAAAUGCUAUCCUAUAGCCAGAAUCAAAAUAGCGACAACACGACAAUUCAAACUCCACCAAAAUAUAACAGUGGUGUGUUCAAAUAUCGUUAUGAUGUAGAGAUUGUUGGAAGAUUGAUUAUAUAUGCGGGAAUAUCGAUUACUGCGGUGUGGACUUUUGCAUUUGCAAGUGACUAUCUUAAUUUAUAG